AUGGAACAAGGCGUACCAGUAAACUAUUUCGCCGUGGAGCCACGAAAAGACUGUCCACAUAUUGAAACAGACGUCUCGUUUUUAGAAUGGAGUCAAGUACCAGUAGAUGUAGUAAAACAAGAAUGUCAGAUGUGCCAUGAUAAAGAAGAGAAUUGGCGAUGCUUAAAGUGUCAAGGGGUUUUUUGUAGCAGAUAUGUGAACGGUCAUAUGAAUAAACACUACGACGAGACAAAUCACAAGAUAGCAAUUUCAUUUAGCGAUUUGUCGACAUGGUGUUAUGCGUGCGAUGAUUAUAUCACUAGUCCAGAAUUACGACAAAUUGAAACAUCUUUCGCGGAGAUAAAGUUUCCUGAAAAUGCGGUGGUUAUUAUAGGUGGUGGUAGAGGUGGUGGGGAUUCAUCAUCUACAUUCACUAACACACCCACUAGUAUUAUUAUUAAUAGAGGAAAUGGUAAUGCUAGUAACGUGCAAAGUGAUGCGAGUAAUAGUAAUAAUGUUGGGGAUAGUUCUAAGGCUACUAGUGAAUCCAAUGGGAAAAAAUCGGAAUAA